UCCACAAUCCACCAGCUCCUCUCUGUGCUCGCAGGCUCCAGUCAAGAUGAACCCUAAGAUGAACUUGAGCGCCCUGCUGAUCGUGUUGCUGUUCUCUCUGGGCCUGGUCUCUUCUGCUCCUCUGGCAAUUAGCACAGGCAACACCUGCUGUCCAAGUACACAGAAGGCAAAGAUCCCGCUGAAACAGAUAGUCUCCUACUACAACACCAGCAGCAGCUGCGCCCUGCCGGCCCUUGUGUUUGUGACUAAACUCGGAAAACACUGGUGUGUGAAUCCCGCUGAUGGCUGGGUGAAGAGCCAUGCAGCUGCUGUGGACCGCAGGUUGGCCAGCACUCCAGCGAUGAGCACCAGAGCCUAAGGCCUACCGCCCUAGCAGGCUGUCAAUCAUCUACAUUUCACAUUUUAGUCAUUUGGCAGAUGCUUUCAAUCCAAAGCCACUGACAAGUGCAUAGGUUCUUCCACAGGUUAAAAGCAUCAAAUCCAUAACCAGGAAAAUACGCAUGAAGGGCUGUUUUGUUUUGUUUUCUUAAUGUAUUUAUGUGUGUAUUUAU